AUGGAGGCCGGCCAGGAAGACCAGAGGCAGUUGCUGCUUAGUCAGCUCACCUUUUCCGGUCUCUCGCAGAACUGUUCACGCUACGCUGCGAACCCGUUCAGGCGAGAUCGCUGCACGGAGUGCGGCAAGGGCGUGCGGGACCACCGGGCGGAGGCCGUCAGCAAUGACGACAUCAUGGUCGCCAUCGCACACGCCCAGGGCGCACAAGGCGGCCACCUCAUCCUCCCCGCCGAGAACGGCUUCGGCGAGAUGCAUUUGGGAGGCUUCAUGGCGUCGGGGAAGGCCUACAUCGAGUCGCGGCGCAUCACCCACGUCAUCAACGCCGCCAAAGGGCUCGGGAGCUUCUUCGUGGGCUGGGCCAAGCAGCUGCCGGCCCUCGCGGAGCAGGGCGUCGUCUUCAUGAGGCUGGAGUGGACGGACACGCACGACCAGAAGCUGUACCGGGACCAGCCGUGGGACACGCUGACCGAGGCCGUCCUCUUCAUCGAAGACGCCCGCAAGCGCGGCGGCAACGUGGUGGUCCACUGCGCGCAGGGCAAGUCUCGCAGCACGACCGUCGUAGUCGCGUAUAUGAUGGCCAAACGGGGCAUGGGCGUGGAGGAGGCCGUCAAGUUCGUGCAAGCCAAGCGCCCUGAGGCCGACCCCAACUCCAACUUCAUCGCCCAGCUCCACGAGUUCCACAACUCGCCCGAGCUGGCCCAGCUGCGCACCCAGUUCACCCAAUAG